UCUUGAUUCCAUCCCUCUCUGCAGUCCCAGCUCCUCAGUCAUGCUGCGUCCGACGGUCCUCGGCCUCCUCCUCGCAUGUGCUGUGUCACUCAGCAGCUCUGCUGUAAUCCUGGAAAAUGGCAUACCUAUCCUGUGGGCACAAACAGCCGGCCAAGUGACAGACCUGCCCAUCCAGAAUGGCAUUCUGACUCCUGAUCCCUGGCACUUCCUUAACCGCAUGAGUCUUUACCGGCUGAUGAUAGCUGCUACAGACCCAUUCAUGGGAUCCAUGGGAACAGGCGCUUCAGAGAGUCCUCUAUGGGGACUGCCAUUGCAGCUUGGAUGGAUGUUUACCUCAGGCCGUCUGGCUGACCCAACCGGUACUACAACCUGCGGCCAUCAAACAGGAGAUACUACGUGUAUUUCUACUCAGAGUUGGUGGGGCUGUGUGAACUAUUUUGCCUCUGCAAUUCCCUUCCUGUCUGCUGCACAGCAAGGCUUCAUGGGACCAGAAGUUCAGGUCCAGAUGCAAGUGCCUGCAGGUGUAGAGGACUAUUGCACCACCUAUGCUGACUGUGCAACUCGCUACCCUGAUGUUAUGUCCAAGUGGGAUGCCUUUUUCCAGGGUCUCAAGGCUUCAACUGACUCUCCUCUGCCUGACAAUGAGAAGAAAGACUCUCUCCUUGGUCUCUACUGGGCGGCCCAAAUGGCUUCAGGUCAAGCCUCUGCAGCAUGCAACACCAGGCAGAGUCACUACUCUUCUUCAGAGGUGUCAUUUGCUAACAGCUGGCUGAACUCAGCGGAGUAUGUAUCAGCGGCACACUUCCAGUCCAGUUUGGAAAAAUCUGUGAUGUUCCUCACCCCACUGCCAGGUCGAAUUUUACAGGAGGGUGACAGUGCACCUAACAUAGCUGAUCUGAGUCAGGAGGAGAACCACACACUGUAUAUCUUCACCUGGAUGAAAAACAUCAAUAGCCUGCUUGGGGGCUCGCUGGUGCGCCUGUGGAGAAGUGCCAUGUGCUCAGUGACCACAAGAGAGAAAGGCAGAGAGAUGUUGGAGCAGCUCCUACUGAAUCCCAGCUUCGCCACAAACUCUUUCCUGUCCAUUGUCACUGGAAUGACUACCAGCUGCUGAGUCAGACACCCAAACACACAACAACUCCAGUUAUAUAAUAGUAUUCAUGUUUUCAUCUGACAGUUAAAGAUAUUAAAUAAAAUUAAUCUGGCUUUCUUUUAUAGUAAAUAAUGCAGGUUUACUAUUGUAAAACUCUGAGACAAGACACUGUUAAUACAAAGACAUAAACCUCUGUAUGUAUUGCAUGUUCUUGUUAUGCCCUUGUGAAUAUGCUUCCC